ACUUUUUUUCCUAAAAUACCCUUAUAUUUCAAUCUAAUAACCAAAAAACCUAAAGAAUCUACCCAUAUUCCCACCUAAUUUUCCCCACCCAUAAUAUUUUAUUCAUUUAACCCACCCACCUCCCUUAUUAAAUUAAUAAAACCCUAACGUCACUCUCACCUCUCUCUCCUUAUAACCCGUCCCUCUCACCCUCUCUCUCCUCAUUCUCUUCGGAUCCCUCUCUCCUCCUGUCUCCCUCUCUCUCCUCAAGAAAUCUCCCUGUUUCUCUAAAAACCCUAACCUUCUCCGCCCCUGUUCUUCGUUUUUUUUGGUGAGAUCUCUCAGAUCUUUGGGGUUUUCGCUCAAAAUUGUUCUCAAACUUUAACCGGAACGACAUUCCGGUGAGAUCCCCUCUAGUUUUGUCCCCUUUGUCGUCCCAAAUCCCGGUUGGUAAUCGAUUCUCUGGUGAAAUUUUUUUGGGGAUAAAAUCGGAGUUUUAUUAGGGUUUUAUUAAUUUCUUAAUGGGAUCCUCUUCCUCCAAAUAUCUUCCGACUUAUUCGGUUGGUACUUCUGGGCAACGAAUUCCUGACUCAAACUGUGAUUGGGGCUCGAAAUGCAUUUGUCCCAACAACGAGCACUCGUAUUCUGGCGAGUAUCUGAAUAAUUUGAGGUUGGCCCAGAAGGAGAACACGAGUACCCAAAAUUAUCUCAAAGCUUGGUUUGAGAAAAUGGAAGUGGAGCCUGGUGAAGAGGUGGAGUCCAAAUACGACGAUCGAGUCCCCACACCAGCAGAUCUGAGAUUCUUUGGAGGAGACGAAUCUGAUGAGGAACCCAAUCACUCUGAUUCAUUCGACCUAUACUAUGUGGGUGAGUGUGAGAACACAACUGCUGGUCCAGAGGUUUCUGAUGGGCAAUGUUCGGUUUCGUCCCCAAACGUGAAGGAAGAUGAAAUAAAAAAAAAGCCACCUAAGGGCGUUGAUGAUGCUUAG